GCGCGGAGAGCACAUCAAAUGGCCAGGAACGCGGCGAACGGCGUUGUAUCCGUUUGAGUGCAUCGUACGUCGUCAAAGUUGCAGAUGAUGGACAGAGUGUCACCGUUGGCCCCACUCAGAUUGUACGACAAAGUAAUAGCCAGGGGCAUCUGAUGCAACAGCGAUUUGCGGGGGAAUGGCAAAAGAGCGAAGGGUCGAUCAGGAAGCUCAUCACAGCGCUAGCUGAUCAACAUGUCGCAGUCGCAUUCACAGUCGCAACCGCAACCUCAAUCGCGGCCUGCGAGAAAGCUCUUCUCCUCCGCUCCACCGCGCAUAUGCACCAUCGCAGGUUCUGACAGCGGCGGCGGUGCAGGCAUACAGGCCGAUCUUAAGACCAUCCUCUCGCUCGGGGGUUAUGGUUUGUCGGCCAUCACCGCACUGACGGCGCAGAAUACGACGGGCGUCAAAGGGGUUCACAGCGUGCCGGCCGAAUUCGUCCAACAACAGCUUGCGGCAUUGCAGGAUGACAUUGCUAUCGACGCAUUCAAGGUCGGUAUGCUCGCCAACGAUAACGUCGUCCAGACCGUAGCCGCCUUUCUGCGAGCGACUCGUCAAGGAACUUCAGACGUAAGGAAUGUAUCACCACCACCUCCAAUCGUGGUCGACCCUGUCAUGGUCUCCACCUCGGGUUCUCUACUGCUGGAAGAGCAAGCGAUCGAGCAUCUCAUACAGCAUGUCCUUCCGCUCUGCCACCUGCUCACGCCCAACAUUCCUGAGGCAGAAUCGAUCCUACGGGUCGCAUAUGGCGGCAGGUCAAAGUACACCACAUCUCCUUCCUCCUCUUCCAGCAGCUUGGGCAACAAUGUCCAGUCACUACCCGAUCUGAUGCGUGCCGCGCAUGAGAUCUGCCAGCUAGGUCCCGAGGCGGUGCUGGUCAAGGGAGGCCAUCUCGAACUCGAUCGCAACAUUGUCGAACACGCUCUGCAACAGCUCGUGCCGAAUAAUACCUCGGCACCUUACAGCAGCGUGGACAGAGCCGCAUCGGAGUUCCCCGAGACUGUCGGCUGCGACAUCAUCGAGAGCUCAGAUGGAGAAGUCGCUAUUAUCCGCAUGGACUGUCGCCCCUGGUCUGCCGUGCUGGCAAGUCGAGCAGAACAGCAACAGCAGAAGGGCUCGCAAGUCGUUGUCGAUGUCCUGUACGAACGCGGCAGCCCUUCGCGUCCGAGAGGCCGUUUCACCGUUUUCUUCAAGCCGCGCCUCAACUCAUCUGCCACGCACGGGACCGGCUGCACGCUCUCCUCUGCCAUCGCCACAUACCUCUCAGGAGGAUGCUCGACGCGCGAAGCGACCGCGCUUGGCAUCGAGUACGUGCAAGCUUCGAUUGCGCGAGGGAUAGCAGACCUGGGCAGGGGCCCCGGUCCGCUUAACCAUGCCUCAUUGAUCUUUCCACGUGCGAUCGGAAGUCCCUGCGCCGACGCUGCCGCUGCGCCGGGCGAGCACAUGCCGCUCGUGCGCUCGUUGAUCGGCCACUGUCUCGACGAGUGGGAGCGUUUCGUCCGGCACCCAUUCGUCGAAGCGAUCGCGAAUGCGACCUUGCCAGACGAGAGCUUUGUCUUCUUCCUCGAGCAGGACUACCUCUUCCUGCGGCAGUAUGCCAACGUGUGGGCCAUGGCCGCGGCAAAGGCGACGUCGUUUGAGGAUAUUCGCCGCUUCUCCAACUUGUCGCUCGCCAUGGCCGACGAGUCAGAGCUGCACGUCAAGUUGUGUGCACAGUGGGGCAUCAUACGCGAGACGCUGCUUCAAAAAGGUCGCUCAGCCAUCGCCGAGAGCGCUGCGACGCUUGCGUACACGCGCUUUGCAGUCGAUGUCGCCGAGCGUAUGGGUACGCUCGAGAUCCUCGUAGCCACUCUGCCAUGCAUGCUCGGCUAUGCCGAAAUAGGGUGCUAUCUCGGACAGAAAGUUGGUGCUAUCCGGCGUGCCGAUCACAAACAGAAGGAGUGGAUCGACGCGUACGCUAGCAAUGAAUUUCGCCGGACGGCCCUGUCCAUAGUGGAUCACCUGGAGAAGCUUGCAGACGAAGGGGCGAUUAUGCCUGCACGCCUUAAGCAGCUGCAGCACCUUUUCGCAGCCGCCGUUCGCCUCGAACAAGACAUGUGGACCGAGGCCAUGAACGCACAGACACGUAGACGCAUUCUAGAAGCCGCAUAGCAUACCAUUCAAUACCUUGUUUUCGGGCAGGAAUUCGUGCACCAAUAUAUUUUACUGAGCAUCUUACGGGGCAG